AUGACAGCCACCGAACCCCCCACCCCCUACCUGUCCGCCCUCCAACGCGACGGCUUCGUCGUGAUCCCCGCCCUCCUCACGCCCCCCGAAAUCACCCACUACCGCCGCAUCGCCACAGCCGCAACGCACCUCACCCGCACCGGCCAAUGGCCAUACUUCCGAACCGUCCCCAAACAAUUCCCGCCGUGGCCCAGCACCCUGCCCCCGGCCUCCGAAGGCGGCAUCUGGGGCGUGCAGCACCUGCUGCACCCCGACAUGCCCCACCGGACGGACUUCGCGCGCUUCUACUUCUCCUCGAAAGUCCUCGCCGUCGCCGAGGAGCUGUUGGGGCUGAGCACCACCCCCAGCAGGAACGACGAAGACGGCGACGAGGAACCCCUCGUGAUGGAACUCUUCAACCUCCUCGUGGCCCCGGAAACCCACGACUUCGCGCUCCGCUGGCACCGCGACGACAUCCCGGAGCACGUGUCCCCGGACGAGGAACUCCGGCUGCUGCAGACCAAAAGCCCGCACGGCCGCCAGUCCCACGCCCAGUAUAACCUGGCGCUGUGCGAGGAUCGCUCGCUGAUCGUGGUGCCGGGGUCGCAUCGGCGCGUGCGCACGGCGGCCGAGCGCGCCGCCGAUCCCUACGCGGCGGAGUUGCCGGGGCAGGUGGUUGUGACUCUCCAUCCGGGCGAUGCGGUGUUCUAUGAUAGUAAUAUCUUGCAUCGUGGGGUGUAUCGGGCUAAGGUGGCCGGGGUGGAGGAGGAGCCGCGGUUGACGUUGCAUGGGAGUUUGGGGUUGAAGGGCUCGGUGGAUGGGGAUGACCAGGGGGAUGGUGGUGCUGGGAAGAGUGCGGCGGUGCGGGCGACGGCGGUGUUGCAGCAUGGGGUUGGGGCGUGGGUGCAGCGGGAGGAUGCCGCGUUUGGGAUCGGCGAGCGCCCGGAGAGGAUGAGGGCGAAUCUUGUGGCGAUGGGGUCGGGCGAGGGCGUGGGGUUUUCUCUGCAGGGGUGA